UCUUUAAAUCUUGUUUACAAGCAUGUAGACAGAUGAAAACAAGCCACAGUGACAGUGAGGUAGCAGCUUACUUCCUCAGAUACACAUAGAGAGGAACAGAAAGAAGAGCUUCAUUCACUGGUCUGUGCUCAUUAGGAGGUCAGGACAGAAAACCACACGACAGGCAAAAGGAUUAUAAAUAAACUUUUUGUUUUAACCUGAGUGUACCUUUUUUAAGACAGGGACUAAACAAAUACAAGAAACUGCAUUUACAGACUAAAAAACACAUUUACAACAAGUUAAGACGGGUUUUUUACAGUCAUUUAUAGUUUUUAGUUAUUGUAUUCAACUCCACGACAAUGCUUGUCAUUUCUCGAGGGGUCUUUCUUUACCUACUCUUCAUUGUUCUCAUUCGCAUCUCUUCAGCUUCAGAGGAGAAAAACUCCAUCCCUGGAAGGGGCCGGGUCCUUGCGCUGGAUAAUAAUACAAUAUCGGAUGAGCAAAAGGAGCAGAUACAAAGCAAUGCCAUUGUACUAAUGGUUCCUCUCCUCGGUCUCCUGUCCUUCCUUAUUGGGCUUCCCGCCAACUCGCUUGCCUUGUGGGUGCUGCUUUUCCGAACCAAGAAGCUCCCUUCCACCAUACUGCUGAUCAACCUCACCACCUGUGAUCUUCUGUUUCUUCUGGUGUUCCCUUUUCGCAUUGUCUAUCACUUCCAAGGCAACGACUGGACUUUCGGGGAACCUUUCUGUCGUAUUGUGAUUGCACUCUUCUAUGGAAACAUGUAUGGUUCAGUGGUGUGUCUGGCUCUUAUCGCUGUGGAUCGCUACGUUGCUCUAGUUCACCCUUUCGGUGCCAAGACAUUUCGUAGUAACAAGAAUUCAUGGUGUAUGAGCACAUUGGUUUGGAUAGCGGUUGCAGCGGCAGCUGUGCCCUUGUUAGCCUCCAAACAAUCUUAUGAGAUAAAGAAUCAUUCUAUAACAACCUGCCAUGAUGCACUGCCCCCAGACGAGCAGGAAAAGUACUUCAUGCCUUAUUUCGUUACGCUUUUUUCCAUCUGCUUCCUGCUUCCGUUGCUGGUAGUGGUGUUCAGUUAUGGUUCUGUCUUACGCACCCUUAAGGCUGAAGGGCAGCGUUUUGCUCACGCUGUGAGAGUGACCGUGCUCAUGUUAAUGGUUUUUGUGGUUUGCUUUUUGCCAAGCAACGUUUUAUUGCUGUUGCAUUACUCAAAAUCAAAUUUUGUCCAGAAUGAUCUUUAUGUUCCAUAUCUGAUCAGUUUGUCACUCAGCACUUUUAACAGCUGCAUUGAUCCCUUCAUUUUUUACUACGUGUCAAAGGAUUUCAGGAAGAGGCUGUGUGAGGUUCUGAGUCGUUACCGAUCCGAUUCUGAGCCCUCUUCAGAUACAUCUAGGUCAAAGACUACACUCGUAUCAAAUUUAAGCAAGACCGAAGGACCUCUUAAUAGAGGUACGGCAGUCUGAAGACUUUAGAUUCAAGACAUACUGUAAAUAUUCUAGGGGUCCCUGAAGGAAGAAUACAAUCUAUGUCCGUCCAAUAAAUAAUAAUAAUAAAAAGAAGAAUGAUAAUAUUAUUAUAAAACAUGGCUUACAUUGACUUUACUGUGACAUUACAUUGGCUUUCAACAUUUUACAAAUGCUGUUUUACUAGACGGCUCUUUGUGGUCAGGGUCAAAUGAAGGGUGUUAGGACAGGAUUGAAUCUUCUGCACGAUCUGUUUGCAUGAUAAAAAACAUUAGAAUUGAUUUAGAGCAUUUUUAAUGUUCAGAAUUGCUUAUUUUGUACAUUUGCUCUUAGACUCUCACUGUAUUUUUAUUUCAGCGUCUGUUGUUUUACUGGACUAUCAGUUUUGGGGUAUCUAUAAAAUGAUAACUGAAUACAUUUAUUAGAUUUAAACUAUGGAAUGUAAAAUGUUCAUUUCACCAAUGUAAGUACUGAAACAGUUUACUGUACACGUACAUAUUGUUCUAAUAAAGCUUGGUUUUUGGCUUUAUAAUCCAUUGAAUAUCAAGGCUGUGUUAAUAAAUUUAGGCUUGAACAUAUAGAAAAUAAUGAAUUUAUUUUGUGUUUGUAUGUCUGAAGUAGGAAGUGCCAAGUCAUAACCACAAAUAGUUAUUAUGGUAGAAACGAGUGGUUCUCAGUUCCGGUCAUGGGGCCUGACAGCACUGCACAUUUUGUCUCUCUUAUCUGGCAUGCCCAGAUCACGGAUCUCUCUGCAAAUGAUGUUUGAACUGGGUGUCUUAAAGCAUCCAAAAUACAUUCCUAACAUUCCUGCAGGUCCCCAGGACUUGAAUUGAAAACAAGAUGUAUUUCAACAACAGACAUGCUUUAAGAAAAUAUGUGAACGACAGCCCCCUUCAGACUGGGCUCUCCUGUUUUUGCCAAGUUGAUAUCCUUAAGACAACAUUUAAAUCAACCAAUCAGAUUUCAGAAAUAAGUUUACAAUUUAUUUUAAAUUUAAUCUUCCAAGCAGGAUUAGGUGCUUCUAGACCAUUGUUUUUCACUAAUCAUUUCACUCUGAUUUUAGGGAUAAGUUAUGCUUAGGGUUGGGGUUUGGUGUGGGUUUAGGUUUUAUUUAUAAAAAUGUUGUCCUUAGGUUAACAAAAUAUGUUGCCCUGAGGACAUCAACACUUGGCAAAAUCAGGUCGAGCCUUCAGACUGAUUACUGUUUACUGACUGAGCCUGGUCCUGUACUUCUGUUAUUUUAAAUGCACUGCUUUUAAUACUAUUUCUUUUUAUUUCUUAUUUGUAAACAAUGUUAACGUUUUCUUAUGUUGUACAUUUUUGUAUAUUUUUCAUGGUUUUUAAAGCACCUUUAUCUCCAUAAAGCUCGCUGUGUAUGAAAUGUGCUCUGUAAAAUAAAAAUUCAAAAUGCACUUAAUUUUUGAUUCUCUAAUAGCAUACUACAAGUAUGCUGCUAUUUUUUGUUCAUGUUCAAUUUCACACACCCGUUACCCAUGGCCAAACACAAAACAUGACACUCAUUGACCUAAUUUAAAAGUGAGACAUAAUAUGAAGAAAUAUUUUCAGAUUGAUUUUACAUUGGGAAAGCUAAGGUUUGACUAGAAGGUUAUCACUCUGCCUGAACACGUUUGAACUCCAUUUAGUUCAAUAUACUGUAUUAAUAAUACUGGCCUCCAGUGGACUAUUUAAACCCACACACCUUGUUGAACAGAAAUAGGCUAAUGCGUUGGAUAUCUAACAUGUUUUGGUAACUAUUAAAACACUUUUUUUACCCACAUGUUAAAUGUUCCAGAUAUCGCAAAUGUUUUCCUGACAUUUGAAAUCAAAUACAACAAAGACAGAAAUAUACCACUAGAAAUGUUUUGCAAGUGAUGUCAAUGACGUCCACGAUAGACAUGUUAUUAGCCCACCUAUUAUAUUUAUGUGUACACACAAAGACACACACAAAAUACAUUUUUAACCCUUACAGAUUUGUCCCUAUUUUAAUUUGAUUAUUAUUUAGUAUUAUUUAUACUAUUUAAAAUUUUGCUGUAUUUGUUUGGACAUUUAAAAAAAAUUGUAUAGCAGACAUUUAAGACAAGAUGAUCGUAUGUUUGGUU